GGAAAAGAAAAGAAAAAGGAAAACUUGACGAUUCGCUCCAUUUCUUCGUUUAGAACUUUGCCUAACUCUCUUUUUCUGUUUUCUGUUGCGAUCUCUCUAAUGGCGUUCUCUGCGAACAUUCAGAGUCCAUCUUUUUGCCGUUUGCCCAUAUACUCGCCCGUGCCCAGAACUUCUAAUUCCGUUUAUUUUCGAUAUUCGCCUUCAAAUCUCAAUAGGAAACCAAUCUCGAUUCGAUCAAGUUUAGUUACAGCACCACCAACCUCUGGGGGUUUUGCACCUGCAAUUUCUCUGACGGAGAAUGCAUUGAAACAUUUGAAUAAGAUGAGGUCUGAGAGGAAUGAGGACUUGUGCCUAAGAAUUGGUGUUAAGCAGGGUGGAUGCUCUGGCAUGUCUUACACAAUGGAGUUUGAGAGCAGAGAAAACACAAGACCUGAUGACUCAGUCAUUGAAUACAAUGGUUUUGUGAUUGUUUGCGACCCCAAGAGCCUUCUCUUCCUAUAUGGAAUGCAGUUGGACUUUAGCGAUGCACUUAUAGGUGGAGGUUUCUCAUUCAAGAACCCUAAUGCUACACAGACUUGUGGUUGUGGCAAAUCCUUUGCUGCUGAGAUGACAUUAUGCUUGUAGCUGCACUGAACAUGCUUAUGCAUACACUACAGAGUUCAGUGGUGGUCAACUCUUACUUAAUUGCUCAUGCGUAUACUUUGGCGGUUCUAUUACCAUAUUAGACGCUCAAUGGAAUCCAUUCCUUUCUGUUAAAGUA